CUGAAAAUGUCAUGUCCCAACAAUGUGACUUCUAACUCGUUUUUGAUGGACUCGUUAGCCGGUAGCUGCAGAGGGGAGAAUUAUUCCUCUAACCAAGGGAUGUAUAUGCAGUCUGGGAACGACUUCAGCUGUGGAAUGAUGAGGAACUGUGGGAUUAUCCCGUCUCUUUCCAAAAGGGACGAGGUGAAUAACGCCAGCUUGUCUCUCAGCACCUAUCCAUCUUACCUUUCUCAGCUAGACACCUGGUGUGACCCCAAAAAUACUUACCGACUCGAGCAACCUGUUGCGAGACAACUCCCCUCCUGCUCGUUCCCAACCAAUGUCAAGGAAGAAAAUGCCUGCUGCAUGUACAAUGCAGACAAGAGGGCUAAAAACGCCACCGAGGCGACCCUCUACCCCAACCAGAUGCCUGAGUCUUGCCUAAGUGACCAUGAAGUCCCCGUGCCCAGCUACUACCGAAGCAGCCAAGGUUAUUCCUCCAUGGAGAAGGCGUCCAACUGCAACAGCCCCGCCGAGUUUGAGGCAAGUUUUGAAUCCAGGGCGAGCCUCAACCCACGGAGUGAACAUUUGGACCAGCCACCGCCACCGCCACCCCCUCCGCCACCACCCCAGCAGCCGCCCCCGCAGGGGCAGCAACAGACCCCACUGCCCCAACCUGGACCUAAAGGGAGCUUCCCCGAAAACGCAAAGCCCGAAAACCCUCAGAACCCCUCGGCCAACGAAAUCAAAACCGAAAAGAGCCUCCCGGUGGCCAAAAUCAGCCCGUCGGAAACGGAGAAGGACCUGAAUAAAUGCACAGAUACGAGUACUGACAAUUCCGACAACGAAGCAAAAGAGGAUAUAAAGGCAGAAAACACUACAGGAAAUUGGCUGACAGCAAAGAGCGGAAGAAAGAAAAGAUGUCCUUAUACUAAACACCAGACGUUGGAACUGGAGAAGGAAUUCUUAUUCAAUAUGUACUUGACCCGUGAGCGCCGCCUGGAGAUUAGCAAGAGUAUUAAUCUAACAGACAGACAAGUCAAAAUCUGGUUUCAAAAUCGCAGGAUGAAACUCAAGAAAAUGAACAGAGAGAAUCGAAUUCGAGAACUGACUUCCAAUUUUAAUUUCACCUGAAAGUGCUCGCUAAAAGGAGGGGGCGGGGAAUCACUGCAAAUCUUGUCCAGUAUUUUAUUUUUCAUUUCCCUGGGUAUAAAUGCAAUGCGUGGGGAGGAGGGGGGAGAGGAGAAAAUGAGGACCUCAGGCGAAUGUGCAGUUCUAUGAUUUGGGUAUUUACAGUUUGUAGAGGCGAAGGUGCACCCAUCGAUAUACGCAUGAGUAUCUAUAUAUAUAUUGCAUCAAUGUUUCUUUGUAAAAUAGACUUAAGGUGGUUGCUAAAACGAACGGGGGGAGCGCCCAGCUUUUAAGUUAUUCACGAGCAGCACAAUGAAGGAAAAGAGGGAAUUUAAAAAAAGAGAGAGACUGAAGGACCUAUCUCUAUGCCUUUUUUAUGUUUAGGACCCUAGGUACGUCUGAAAGUUUGCUUUUCAUAUCCUAGUAUAGUCUGCCUAUUGUAUAAUAAAAAUGACUAAAAUGAAUUUCAUAUGUGUCUGUAAAUUAAAGUGGGAACAUGCGUCACAUGGUGUAGUUAUGCAGUCUCCUUCCAGCGAGGACCAUUAUAUUUAAAAAGAAAGAAAGAAAAUAAUAAAAUAGUAUUGAUAUGAUGA